AUUCAAGCAACAUGAAGGAUUUUUUUGAGAAAUGCUUUUUGCAGAAGCUGGCCGUGCUAGUGUUGUGCUUGGCUGUAACAGGUGAUGCAGCACGUUACUUCCUGGUUAAAAGGUCUAUGUCCUGGGACCAAUCCCGGGCAUUUUGCCAGAGACAUUUUGUAGACCUGGCUGUCAUGAACACUGAAAGGGAGUACUGGCAUGUCUACAAUGAAACAGAUGGAGAGAAAGUGAGCUUCUGGAUCGGUCUGCUGCGCACUAAAGGCCAUAACUGGACUUGGGUGGAUGGGGGAAGUUUACACUAUGAACAGUGGCUGAACAACAAUUUAGCCCCCUGUGGAAGCUUUGAAGCAAUGUUAACACAACCCAAAAAGAUGUGCCCCCGAUACUGUCACGAGUCUCAUGCAUCUGUCUGUCAGGGGCCCUUGAUGGUGGGACCACAGAAUGUGUCCUGGGUGUCAUACUUACACAGUGUCUCUUUGAGCUGGAAUGUGUCUGCUUUCAUGCAGAGAACUGAUCACAGUUACACAGUGACUACAUGUUCCAGAGACUGCAGUACCUCCACUCACCACUACACCAGGGGCGAUGGCUCCAUCACUGUCCACAUCUCCAACCUCACCUCAGCCACCCACUACUCCUUUGAGAUCAUCGCUUCUGUUACCAGACCUGACAACAGAACAGGGAGGAUACACACCCUUCUGUCAGACUCCACGACUUUACACAUUCACACAGGUGAUGGAGCUGAGAUUAUCAACGGUAAAGAAGUGGCCCCUCACUCAAUGCCCUACAUGGCUCUGCUGGCUGCCAAGAAUGGCGUUUGUGGAGGAACACUGAUUCAUCCAAACUGGGUCCUCACUGCUGCGCACUGUUACAAUGAAACUGAUAAAAUCGAAAUAGCAUACCUGGGUGUGCACAACAUCAAAAAACCAGAAUAUUCAUGGCAAAUCAUGAAAGUGAAGGACUUCAUUAUAGAUCCAUACUACGACCAGGAGCUCAAUGACCUCAUGCUGAUAAAGCUUAAGGAGGCUGUGAAGGAGACCAAGACUGUGAAAGUGCUGCCUCUGCCUAAAAGUGUGGAGGACCCAGCGCCUGGCAGCACCUGUCUGGUCGCAGGAUGGGGGGAUACUGUUUUCAAUGCUAGCAAAGGUUCAGAUGUUCUGAUGGCUGUCAAUGUGACUGUGAUUGACCGGGCCAAGUGUAACUCGAAGGAGUACUACAACUUCAACCCCAUUAUCACCAGAGGACACAUAUGUGCCGGCUCAGAUGGGGAGAAUGUCGCAGACUCCUGCCAAGGAGAUUCUGGAGGACCACUGCUCUGCACAGGAAAUCUAGUUGGUGUUACUUCCUUUGGAGUAGAAUGUGGAAUCAUCCAUAAGCCUGGAGUUUACGCCUUUCUCAACGAAAAACAACAUGAGUGGAUCAGAAAAUAUAUUAAAUAG